UCGCAAUCCACAUCCACAAUCAACAAUGGGCGUGGUGAGCGGAGAAUCAUUGUGGACGUGCGGCGUGUUAUAAAAGAGGGACAAAGGGAUCUCCAUGACUCCCAGUUUUCUCCCCUUGUCUUAACAUCGUUGCGCAUAGCAACAUAGCAUACAUUGCAUCUAACCCAACAACACUUGCAACUUCUGUACCGCGCCAUCCAGCUACCCUGAUGGACUCGUUUUCAACAUAUUUGGGAAUAUUUUCGAAGCCACUACCGGACUUGCAUGAGUCCACAGACGACACACCCGCAUGCCCUAUUGACGAGGAAUAUUAUAGUUCUGGGAAAACCGUGUUUGGGCAAGGCGGGUUUUGCACCAUAUCAUAAUCCUUUUCAUACGAGUCUUGACAUACUAUCAUUGUUGGCACUGCUGGCCUUCUACUGCCCCCCUGCCCGCGACACGACUCAUCUUUUGAAUGAGUACAGUGCACUCGCUGCUCGUGCGGUGUUGUCUAUUCACCGAUCUUCUUGUACCAUCCUUUACUUCACCACUUCGUUCAUCUUGCCGUCUGCAUCUCUGGGGAUGUGUGGUGGCUCCUAUGUAAACUCCCGACUCACUGCUUGUACAACAUUACUCAUUUUCGACAUUUGUGCACCCCAGCUACUUUUUGCCUUGAGCUCUUUCUUUUCUGAAUAUUAUGGUUCUGUCUAUCAUUAUCUCUAACUUGUAUCGUCGCCAUCGUUAUCGCUUUCGCAUUGUCGAAUGACUCAUGUUCUGCCCUGUUCCUUUAGUUUCGGGCAUGUUUGACUAUGUACUAUGCCGCAUGCUACUCAUAUAUUUUCGAUAUUCGUGUACAUACUCGAGGUUAUUCAAUUUUUGCUUUC